UUUCAAUUUGUCUUCAUAAUUUCACCAUCACUGCUUUACAGUGAAAAGUAACCUCGUUGUAAUUUCUACGUGACGAUUGCGUUAUCGAAUUUAGCCAAUCAGCAGCCGGUUCAAAUUGGUUGGAUGUAACGGUGACCAGCUGUCACGUCUUGUCUUCCCGAUCAACGUCACCGCGUCAUAGCGAUCGUCACCAUUUCGUACAGAUAUUUAUUUAUGAUCAAUGUGCUAAAGGUAACCAUCAUACCCAGUCCGUCAUUCAUAACAGAUAGAGGAUAAUAAACAUUUUUUAAAAUGCUAGGAGUUUUACCAAGAGUUUUAAAAAAACGGCAAAGAGUAUACAGGCGAAAAUUCAAAGAACCACAAUUAGAAACGACUGUCUUACCGGGACAUUCAAAGUGUAUCUCCGUUAAUCUAUUAGUAAAUAAUGCUGCUUACGAUAGAGAAACGAGAUCACCAUCAAAUUACCAUUCUUCGGACGAAUUCAUGGAUGUGGAUUAUUUGGACGAAGCCUUCGAAGAUAUAGAGUGUCAAGUUCUUAACAUGAUCAUAGAAAAUAAACUUUCUGUUGACCCUGAUCGUACUCCAAGUGUCCAAUUGGCCGCAGAAUUAAGUGCUUGGGCUUCAAAAUAUAGCGUUCCUUUGGCCGGUGUCUCUGAUUUACUCAAGAUUUUGAAGCAGAGUGCUGGACUGUACUUACCCAAUGAUGCGCGUACUCUUCUGAAAAUUCCAAGAAAGUCAAACCUUCGGAAAAUAUGCAAUGGAGAAUAUAUUCACAUGGGUGUAGCGGAAUUUUUGAGGCGGUUUAAUUUGAUCGAUUAUAUUGAAGAAGGACAUCCAGUUAUAUUAUCUAUUUCGGUGGACGGAACCCCAGUUUCAAAAAGUGGGGCCAAUGAUUUGUGGAUUAUAUCAGGAGCUGUUCAUACUGAGGAAUUCAAACGACAUGUAUUUAUCGUCGGUAUUUUCAACGGACCAUCAAAACCUACAUCUUUCAAUACAUUCCUUGAAGAAUUCGUCGAUGAAAUCAAUGGAUUGCUUUCCACAGGUUUUCACAAAGACGACAGGGUGUAUCCUGUGAAACUAAAAUAUUUCACCGCAGAUGCACCGGCAGUAGCUUACAUAAAAAGUAUCAAGUCUCACGGAGGAUAUUCAGCUUGUCCAAAGUGCGAAACACGAGGAACGAACAUUCCUGGCUCAAGAAAAAUAGUAUACCCCGAAGUCGAUGCACCUGUGCGUACCGACAUGAAGUUCAGACGAAGAAUAUCGAAGAAUAACCAAGACUGCCAUCACCUCUCAACAGAGCAUACGAUUCUAGAAAAUCUACCGAUUGAUAUGAUUAAAGACUUUGUGAUUGAUAAAAUGCACGCUGUGGAUGAAGGUGUCUGUGGGAAAAUUCUUAUUGCAUUCACAGGUAAGGCAAAUCCACAAAAGUUGACGAAGGACAAAAUAAAUAAGAUUGAUGAUCGUAUCAAGGAAUGUACAAAAUUUUUUCCGAUGGAAUUCCAGAGGAAAUUGAGGACUCCCAAUUAUAUCUCAAAAAUGAAAGCAACUGAAUUCCGGAGUUUCCUGUUGUAUGCAGGGCCAGUUUUAUUCCAUCAAAUAAUUCCAAUGAACACAUACUUACAUUUUUUGAGGUUUUCUAUCGCAAUACGUAUUCUUUGUUCCCAAUUUCUAAAUCUGAAGUACAACAAAACUGCGAAAGCGAUGCUCACCUCAUUUGUUGUAACAUAUCCUGAGCUAUAUGGAUUAGACACAGUAUCGUAUAAUGUACACGUACUAUUACACCUAGCAGAUGACGCCUAUUUACAUGGGCCUUUGGAUUCUUAUAGCUGUUAUCCUUUCGAAGCGAACAUAAAAAAGAUAAAGCGAUACUUACAUGCUCAAAAUAAACUCUUACAGCAAAUAUUCAAUAGACUCCAAGAGGAACUGAAUUCCGUUGCUGUUACGAAAGCUGCAAAUAAUACUCUCAAAUUGAGUCAUUUUGUAUACAAUCUUGAUAGGUUUUAUAGAUUAACCUAUCCAAACUUCACAAUUCGUGCAGAUAGCAUUAGUGACAAUUGCAUAAUGUGGAAUGCUCCAGACGGAAUUGUUAUUUUGCGGGUGAUUUUCUUCGAGAAAAAAGAUGAGAGUAUUUAUGUCACUGGACAACAGCUCGAAGUGAAAGAAUCACUGUGUAGUUCAAAAUGGACUUUGAAACUAAACAUGCUAAUAGGCUGAUUUGGAAACAACUCAAAAACAUAUCCUCUGCAUUCAUCAAUAACAAAAAUGGUUUGUCUUCCAUAUAAUCUGAAUAACUGUGAUUAUUUCGUAGCACCAAUG